AUGCACCGAAGACGAGGAGUGACACGUGGCAAUAACAAUACACAGGACGAUGGAACGUCUCGGAAGUUGUCCAAGAAGCCAUCAGAGGAAAAAGUGAACAAUGAUAAGAAGACAACGAAGAGAACCGGUGGCGUGUUGAGGAAAAUUGGAUUUUUACUCCAUCCUGACAAACAAGACAAUGGAAGCACACUGAAACGGAAAAAGAAAAAAGGGACGGAACGAAAAAGAAGUCGUCAUCAGAUUGUAUGGAAUCCCGAUAAGAAAGUGCAUUUCAACAUCGACAAGGCGCAUGCGACCAUUCCGCUCAAAGACGGCGAACCAAUCACGGAUAUCAAGAAAAAAGUGUUCUUGAAGUUUGCGACGGAAGCUGUCAAGAAAAGUCCGCCAGAAUAUUCUGUAGAGUUCCUGAAACAAGUCAAACCGUACCCCGGACAACCCCUGGAACGCAAGAUUUUCGACUCGAAUCCAACGAAAAAUCGAUACAAAGAUGUGAUUUGUAACGAUGUGACACGUGUGAUUCUGAAUGACGGAUACGAUAACGACUACAUCCACGCCAACUAUGUCAACGGGUUGAACACUCCAUUCAUCUUGACCCAAGGGCCGACGGCGGCUACCGUAGCGGAUUUUUGGAGAAUGAUUGUUCACACGAAGACUGCGUAUAUUGUGAUGCUUUGUGAAGUUGUGGAAGAUGGAAAGGCAAAAUGUGCACAUUAUUUUCCGGAGAAGGUUGGAGAGGCAGGCACCUAUGGGCCAUGGACAGUGUUGUGUUCUUUGGAAGAUGCCAGUGAUGCACAUAUUGUCAAAAGGACGUUGUCAGUGAAGAAUGGGGAUAACGGGAAAGAACAUAUCCUGAAGCAUCUUCAUACCAAGUCGUGGCCCGACCGUUCCGUUCCCCAAUCAACAAUGUGUCUUCUCCGAAUGCUCUACAUCAUCCGUACGGCUCCUGGACCAAUCACUGUUCACUGUUCCGCUGGAAUCGGAAGAACCGGAACUUUUGUUGCCAUCGAAGCAUGUCUUCAAAUUUUGACCGAUGGAAAAGAGCUGGAUCUUUUGGCGACCUGCAAGGCGUUGAGAAACAGUCGUGCCGGAAGUAUUCAAGUCGAUAUUCAAUACAUGACACUGGUCCAGGUUCUUCUGAACUAUGGAAAAGACAAUGGGUACUGGGAGGAUUCAGAUCUGGAUGAUCGCGUCGAACUCCUCACCUGGAACAUUGAGCAAUUCAUUCAAACUCGUGGAAAAGUGGAUCAUAUUCUGGCGACUCCUUCUACGCCGGCUCUCAACGUUGCUCCACAACCUCCAGCUCCACUUGUCCCCGUAGUUCUUCCGAAAGAGCCAACUUCUUACUGUAGUCCAGCACAUAAAGCUGCAGAAUGUGUGGAGAAGAUUUGUGACAAGAUUCUGAAACCGAUCAGAUCAAAGGACAAGGAUCAACAUGAGCACAAAGAUAAGGACGUCAAGGAACAAAAAUCACCGAAAGAGCACAAAGAAGAACCAAAGCUCCAUCCUUUGCCCACAACGCCUUCAAAGUCAUCAACAGAAGAUGGGGAUGAUGCAGAAAUGCAACCGACACAAAAAUUGGAUACUAUCAAAUUGGAUACCGUCAAAAAGGAGAAUGAUGAUGUGACGACUGGAAAACUGGGUCCAUCGCCAAAAGCAGCUCUUCUAGGUACUACAUCAAAAGAUAGCACUGCAUCGAAAGACAGUAAAGAUAGUGGAACGGAAUUGAAUACAAAAGUGAGCAGAGAAUUGGCGUUGGAAAUUCAUGGAAGUGAGAAAAAGAAAGGUGGAGGAUCGAAGGAAGGAUUCAAGUUGAAGAGAAAGGUUAUGGUAUCUUCAAAAUGUUGGAUUAAGUUUAUGGUUUUCAGACGUUAG